ACUCGUCAACAGCAGUCGCUGCUAAAGCUAAAAAAGAGGCGGACUGCCCUCGUACAAUGACAAUUAUCACACCUCCUCAGUGUGGGUCUUAGCUGGAGAAUACAUCGUCUCUUAUUUUGAAAUUAUCACAGGUCUACAGCUUGUUUUCGGUGUAUUGUGUAGCCGUGACAGACCAGAAAAAACCCAAAGAGCGAGGAUGUUGGUCCCCGCGGGAAGAUAAUGAAGAGGCUGCGCGUUUUGUUGGUGUGCCUCGUUGUAGCUCUCCUGUGCUGGUACCCUAAUCAAAAUGUGUUUUGUACGGAGCAGAGCUUUUCUGACCCAGGUCAGUCUGCCGGGGACAACAGUCCUGACGCCCCCAAACAGGAGCAGGAGCAGGACUCCAGGCAACACAAGGUGGUGGAAGAAUGGACAAUACACACAUCAUAUGAUAUGGGACUAGAGACAGAGAGAGCAGCGCUGGAGAAACAGGGAACACAAAUAAACAAACACCAACAACAGAAUGUGAAUCCUCAGGAAGCUGAGGUGGAGGACUCAAAGCCAGGACUGGCGCCUGACACUGCACCUGUCGUCCCUGAGCCAGAAGCCCACCCAGACCCUCAGACAGAUUUGGAUCUGCAAACUGACCCCCAAGACCAUGACCAGGAACCUCCUUUGGCCUCCACUCAAGAACCACUUCCAGCACAGGGCCAGGUGUCCACAGAUUCUCUCGAUCAAGCAGAAAACAGUGACGCUCCUGCUGCAAAUCCCAGUCUGGUCUCCAACCCAAUCACAUCCCCAGAUGAAGCUAUAAACACACCUACCUCAGAGAGUGCCAGCCCAGCCAACACAGGUGUGGUGCGGGUUGCCAGUGCAGGAGAUGAACACCCAAUAGACAACUUUGUCUUUGCUGAGCACUUUCAUUCACAAAGUGGGGUUAUUCCCCCCGAACUGGCAACCUGUGAAAACUCCCCUUUUGGCAGCUCUCUCCUCGGUGUAAAUGAGGCUGUCGUAGAAGUCCAGCGGUCAGACCAGAUCCCCACAUCUGAUCCAGAAGCAGAGGUCCAGUCUACACCAGGUCAUGUGGAUCCAGAACAACAGCAGCAUCAGGAGCUGGAGGAUGGGCUGCCAGAUUUGGCCCAGGAGGGCAACAUCUCCCAGCAGCACCAUAAAGAACAGCAGGAAGGGGAUGCCAGUAUUGGAAAAGAGACUGAUCCCUCAGUGCCCAGCAAAGAAGACAUCCCCACUUUUGACGAGUGGAAGAAACAAGUCAUGGAGGUUGAGAAGGAGAAAAGUCAGUCACUUCAUACGUCAAUCAGUGGCAGCCCUCAUCCUGUGAAGAAGGUCCAGAAAAACUUCAAGAACAACUACGCAUCUGUGGAUUGUGGUGCUAAGAUACUCGCUGCCAACAAUGAGGCCAAGAGCACUUCAGCCAUUCUCAUGAAAAAUAUGGACCUUUACAUGUUAAAUCCUUGCAGCACUAAAAUAUGGUUUGUGAUAGAGCUCUGUGAGCCUAUUCAAGUCAAGCAGUUGGAUAUCGCAAACUUUGAACUCUUCUCAUCUACUCCUAAAGACUUUCUAGUAUCCAUCAGUGACAGAUAUCCAACCAACAAGUGGGUAAAGCUGGGUACUUUCCACGCCCGUGAUGAACGAAUCGCCCAGAGCUUCCCUCUGGAUGAACAGCAUUAUGCUAAAUAUGUGAAGAUGUUCAUCAAGUACAUAAAGGUUGAACUCCUCUCACACUUUGGAUCAGAACAUUUCUGUCCCCUCAGUCUUAUCAGGGUGUUUGGAACCAGCAUGGUGGAGGAGUAUGAGGAGAUAGCAGAUUCCCAGUACCCUUCAGAAAGACUAGAGUAUUUGGAUGAAGACUAUGAUUAUCCUCCUGGUUACCAACCAUCAGAGGACAAGGCCUCGAAAAACCUCCUUGGCUCAGCAACCAAUGCCAUCCUAAACAUGGUAAACAACAUUGCUGCUAAUGUGCUUGGGGGCAAGUCGGAGCUGGAGGGUGAAGCAGAAACAGGAGGUAACAUAACAACAGAGGGGAAUGAAGAAAAGGGGAGCAGUAAAGAUGAUGCUAAAGAAGUGGAAACCCCUCACGUCUCUGCAGAACUAGAGCCUGCAAAACCAGACCACCGUGUAAGCCAGGAGAGAUCUAUUAUGUCGAAUGACUCUUCCACGCUUACUCCUUCCUCAUCUGAAACCCUUGAGGACAGACAGAUUGUCACUCUGGUAGAGGAAGAGGAGGAAGAGGAGCCCAGACAGUCUACUGUCACCCUUAUGGAGGAGGAGGGAGAGGAGGAGGAGGAAGAGAGGAGGGAGGAGGAGACAAGGAAGGAGGCAGACAGGAAUCAAUCGGAAAGCCAGAGAUACUGUCCUUUCUCUUCCCUCUCCUCGCUGUCCCUGUCCUGCAUGGCCACACUUCCAGAGCUGCUCCAUCGCUGGUGCUCUGCUCGGCUGGCCAAGGAGAGACUCCGCAGCCUCAGGCGGAGGCAGCUGAACUCUAAAACAGAGACACAGCCUCAUAUAACUAUCCCCGCCCUCAAGCACACACCAGUCGAAAUCCCUGUCCCUGUCCCCACACCUCCACAAGAUGCCCUUCCCCUCACAGAAAAAGUUCCAGUGCCUGAGUUGUCCAAGGUCCAAAAUGAGGGCAAAAUUGCAAUUGAGGGGCAAACCAGCAACACACAUCUCCAUACUCAUACACCUGAUGCACACACUCCAGAGUUUGGCAUCCUCCUAGAACCAAGCAGAACCUCUACCAUCCUCCCUUACAGUUUCUCAGACAUCCAUAGUUCUCUGAUGCACCCAACCCCAUCGUACGAGCAGAAGCUGCUACCGCCCAUCAAAGAUGCAGCUUUGGACCCAGUCCCAACUCCUCCUAUUCAAAUAGUCUCCAUCCCAGAGACUCAACAGGCCAGCAGUGCCACCCCCACCCUUUCUAUCAGCUCUCCUCCACAACUUAUGUCCUCUGAGACAGCGUCUCCCAUUGUUGUGGUUCCUCCUGUCGGGGAGCAGCCAAUUCAGCCUCUUCCGACUGCAUCAAGGCCUGAUGACCUUAUCCCCCCUGCCACUGAACUGCCAACAGCUGCUCCACUGACUGAUUCUCACACAGACACUGUGAAUUCAGGUACAGACAAUGGAGACGCACAGAGACAAAAUGUUCAGACUCACAGGGAGCCAGGAGACUCUGUCACUCAGACCAGAGACGCUCAUCGGGUGGAUGACACAGUGGAUGAGGAACUAUUAAACACUAACGGGAAUGGCAACAUCCACCGGGCUGCUACAGACUUCUAUGCUGAAUUGCAGAACGGGGGAGAUUAUAAUGGUGGGGCAAUGAACAGCAAUGGUGUGGUAUUGAACGGGGGCGCAGUGCACGGGUCCAGCCAGAAGGAGAGUGUGUUCAUGAGGCUGAACAACAGGAUCAAAGCUCUGGAGAUGAACAUGAGUCUGUCCAGCAGAUACUUGGAGGAGCUCAGCCAAAGAUACCGUAAACAGAUGGAAGAGAUGCAGAAAGCAUUCAAUAAGACCAUCAUCAAGCUGCAGAACACCUCUCGCAUUGCUGAAGAGCAGGACCAGAAGCAGACGGAGUCCAUCCAGCUCCUGCAGAGUCAGCUGGAGAAUGUCACUAAACUGAUGUUGAAUCUCACUGCUGCAGUCGGCCAGUUACAGAAAGAGGUUUCUGAUCGUCAGAGUUACCUGGUAGUCUCUCUGGUCCUGUGUCUGUCCCUGGGUCUCCUCAUGUGUCUUCAGUGCUGCUGCAGCAGCUCCUCUCCCAACCCCAACACCACUGUCGCUGCUCUUCCCAAGAGUAACCACUACCCCAGCCCCAAAAGAUGCUUUUCGUCUUAUGACGACAUGAGUCUGAAGCGCAGGGUCACCUGUCCCCUGGUCCGCUCAAAGUCAUUCCACCUAUCCUCUACAGAAGUAGGUCCAGAUGACUUGUACAUUGUAGAACCUCUAAGGUUUUCUCCAGAGAAAAAGAAAAAGCGCUGCAAGACAAAGUCAUUGGACAAGGUUGAGAUUAUGAAGGCAUGUAAUCCCUCUGAUUCGCUCACAAAUGGGGGUAUAAAGUGUAACGGCUUCCAGCCAUGCCUCCCCGUGCCACCUCCUGCCAUACCCCUUCCUCCUCCACCUCCUCCUCCUCCUCCUCUUCCACCACCUCCUCCUUUACCAAUUUCCACCAAGGAAGUAUCAUCUUUAACCUGCUACACCUCUAAGGAGUUUCCGACAGAGACCAGCAGCUGCAGCUCAUCCACACACUCUGAGGAGUCUUUCACAAACCGCCUCCCCCCUCCUUCUCCCACCUUUCCUCCCACUGGCCUGUGCAAUGGCCACAACCUGAGUUUCCCCCUCCAGCAGCCUCCCACCAUGUCUCGUCAGGAGAAACGCUCCAUGAAGCGGCGGAAGUCGCGGCAGACGGAGCUGCCAUUCCCGCACGUGCGGGGGGGAGGCGUCGCCUCUCUGCCCUACCUGCAGCAGCUCAUGAAGGGAAACAAGGAGAUCAGCGUCGGGACCAUCGGGGUGACAGCCGUCACCGGACACGUCUGAAAUACUCACACUUCACUUUUACACAAGUUUCUCCUCACAACCACACACACACACACAAGCACCCACAUAAUUUAUGACUAUAUGGUAGCAGAUUUGUGAGGAAAUGAGGUCUCACUGCUAUAUUUCCCAUGAGCACCUACAUGCACUGUGGAAGUGAAAUGGUCAUGGCAGCAGUGGCUCGACAUCAUCCAGUCCUUCUCCACUGUCAAAGACCUGUUUACGGUUACGUGCCUUUAUAUCUGUUUUCAGACCUUUUCAUCCUUGUGACAGACAGAGAUAUUGUGGUGGAUGUGAAACAUUAUUACAAAUGUCAAAUGUUGGGUUGUUUUUUUUGUGGGUAAACACAUUGGCUUUAGCUCUACGUUCCUUUACCUUCAGGGAGCUUCCCUAAGUAUAGGGCUGCUCUUCAGUACGAAAUGUGUCUCUAUGAGAGAAUUAUGGAGCAUGACUAACUUCUCCUGUCCUUAUUUCCUUCUGUCAUCUAUUGCCAUCGUUUUUAUCUUAUCCAUGCUGUCGUAGCAUUGCAUCCAGGUGUGCGGCCAGUGUUCAACUCUCUGUUUGUCUCUGUCAGUCUGAUCUAAACCAACCAUCGGAGCUGAAUGAAGAAAAUAACUUUUGUCUGAAUGUGUUUGUCCUUGAGCUCGAGUUUAGUUCCACUAAACCUCGUGUUGCAGAUAAAACCGCAGCCUCUGCAGAUCUCACAAGUGCACAAUGAAAUACAAACUACAAACUUCUACAAAUUGUCUCCACUCUAUUAGUUUGGGCUGGGCCCGAAAAGCUUUGCUCACACACCACAUGAAGAGAAAUAUGCGCGUUUUAUUAGUAGAUAUUGUGACUGUCAGAUUUAUGAAUGUUACACUUGACUCAGACAGGCAAGAGCAAAACUGAGUUUUACUCGUUUUCAUUCUCCUCUCUUGUUACUCUCUUUGGGGGAGAAUUUUUCACAAAACAGGUGUAGAAAGUUCUAAAUAGGAGGACACUGUAGCAGAGCUACACUCAAACUCUGUUUUCACACACUUUCACAUACACAUAGGCUCGACUGGGACCCUGCAGUCAAAUCUGACAAACCAGUAUUAUUUAUCUAUUUAUUUAUUUAAAUGACUACAGAUGCUUCUAAAGUAGGUGCUGCAGUGUAAUAGUAGUUUUUAGCAAAUAAUACAGUGAAUUCACUCAUUGGUACUGACGCACGGUCAUGGCAAAUGGCUUAACCACAGGUUUUCCUUUAAUGUUGGGCUCUGAUUUUUCACAGACCCUGCUUCCGUUUCCUCAGCCUGAUAUUUCAGACGUCUCCAACAGCAGUCACAUGUACUGCAGCACACUAUUUAUUUGUAUCCAACAAGACCGAGCCGUAUUUGAGUAUAAAUCAAGAAGACCAGAUAUUUAUUAACACUGUCACACUGCUGCUUUUGUGUUUUUUUUCAGAGCUGCUGGGUAGUUGGAGGUUGUGGAAUUAUCUUAACUGAGUGUAAUUGUUCUAGUUGUUUCAUCAUCUUCUGAUGAACUAACUGAUUUUAACUCAUGAUUUCAUUAUUGACCCUAAAAUAACAUUCAGUUUUAUGAUGUAGGGUGUUCAGUUGUGAGUAAAAGAGAUAAACUUUUUUUUUAGAAUUUUACAAUCUUUUUUUUUAACCUAUGUAGUUUCUGACUGGCUCUGUGUGGUUGGACGUUUUGGGUGUACAUUUUGACAGAGACAAAAACCUCAUACCUGUUCUCUUGAUAAAGUCCUCUUUACAUCUUCUGACCAGUCUCUGAAGUACUCCUGUCUCUCUCUCUCUUCAUAUGCUCAUCCUCCAGGGUCACUUGUGAACCCAUUGCACGACAUUCUCUAUAACUGUGAAGAUUUUAUUUGAAUGCUUGCUCUUUUUUAACCACUUAACCAUGUUAUCAUUGGGAGCUUGAAAUGCUUUCCCCAUCUAUAGGUCUGCACUUCUCACCAACUCAACUAUCUUUGUGUCCUCGCUGUCAUUGUGUAACCGUUUUUAUUCACUCGUCACUGUUCUUUGAUUUCAUGCGUUUGCCCCACGUUGAAUGAUGAUGAAAGUGUGGUCUGUUAAAGGAAUGAUUCUAAUUGUUAAAUAAAGGGAACACGGUAAAGAUGGGUAUGAUUUGGAACACUUAAUUUGAUUAAUUAUAUUUCGUGAGCUGAGAAAAGCGUGUGUAUUUUAUUUUUUUGGUUGAAUGUGUAUGAACUUAUGUUUGGAUGUGAACCCGUACGCACGUGAGAUUUUUGUUGUCUAUCUCAUGUAUGUGUGCUCUGUUAUGAGAAAGACUACUUUGGUGAAUCUACUUAUCCCUACAACUCGGUGAGAAAGAAAUUCUCAGAGCUCAAGUGUGCACUUUGUAUGACUCCUCAUGCCUUUGUUUUUUUUUGUUUUUUACACCUUGUAUGUCAAGUGCUAUCUUUUCUCUUUUUUCUCUCUUUCUGUCUGUGAGAAAUUUCAAGAGCUGCAAAGUAUUUUUUUGAGCAGGAGUGAGUUACUGCAAAAACUGUAGUGCCAUUAGAAACUGUGAAUUUCUAAAUAAAACUUUUGUCGUCUUUAA